AUGGAUGCUCGCCAGGUGUUGCAGAGCACCUUGUCGCCCGAUGCGGCGGAACGUACCAAUGCUGAGCAGCAGCUCGCCCAUGCGGCGGAGGUCGACUUCGCUACCUACCUCGUCACCCUAGGCCAGGAGCUGGCCAGCGAAGAGAGCCCUACCCACAUUCGUGUUGCUGCCGGUAUCGCCUUGAAGAACGCUUUCACCUUCCGAGACCAGACCAAGCUCCGUGAAGUGCAGGCCCGAUGGAUUCAACAAAUUACCCCCGAGACCAAGACACAGGUCAAGGAGCUCGCGCUCAAGACCUUGGCAUCCGAUACCCGAGCUGGGAAUGCUGCCGCUACGCUGAUUGUUUCGAUCGCCGCGAUCGAACUGCCCCGAGAUGAGUGGUCCGACCUCAUGAACAUCCUGGUCCAGAACGUCGCCAGUGGAAACGACAACCUAAAGCAGUCCUCUCUCGCCACUAUUGGAUUUAUUUGCGAGUCCCAAGAUGCCGAUCUCCGUGCUAGCUUGACUACACACUCAAAUGCUAUCCUCACUGCCGUUGUUCAGGGUGCUCGGCGCGAGGAGCCGAACAUGGAUGUUCGCUAUGCCGCUAUUGCUGCCCUCAGUGACGCCGUUGACUUUGUGCGAUCUAACAUGGAGAACGAGGGCGAGCGAAACUACAUUAUGCAAGUGGUCUGCGAGGCCACCCAGGCCGACGAGGUCCGCGUGCAGGCUGCUGCGUUCGGCUGUCUGAACCGUAUCAUGGGCGCAUACUACGAGAAGAUGCGCUUCUACAUGGAGAAGGCUCUCUUUGGCCUUAGCAUUAUGGGCAUGAAGAGCGAGGAAGAGGAUGUUGCAAAGCUGGCCAUCGAGUUCUGGUGCACGGUUUGCGAGGAGGAGAUUGCUAUUGAAGAUGACAAUGCCGAGGCUCAGCAGGAAGGCGUCGAGGCUCGUCCAUUCUACGGCUUUGCUCGUGUGGCUGCUCGCGAGGUCAUCCCUGUCCUCCUGCAGGCCAUGUGCCGCCAGGAUGAGGAUGCUGAUGAUAACGAGUACAAUGUUUCACGUGCCGCUUACCAAUCCCUCCAGCUGUAUGCUCAGUGUGUCCAGGGCGAUGUCAUUCAACCUGUCGUCACUUUUGUUGAGGAGAACAUUCGCAACGAGGACUGGCGCCGUCGGGAUGCCGCUGUGGCUGCCUUUGGUGGUAUCAUGGAGGGCCCCGAGCCUCGUGUGCUGGAGCCUCUGAUCAAGCAGGCUCUUCCUGUUCUUUUGGGCAUGAUGGAGGACGCCUCCGUCCAGGUUCGGGAUUCUACUGCCUACGCCCUGGGCCGCGUGUGCGACUGCUGUCCUGAGGUUCUGGAUCCCGAUGUUCACUUGCAGCCCCUCAUCUCUUGCCUCUUCAAUGGCCUUGCCAGCAGCCCGAAGAUCGCCAGCUCUUGUUGUUGGGCCCUUAUGAACGUUGCCGACCGAUUUGCUGGUGAUGCCGGUUCUCAGACCAACCCUCUGUCCAAGCACUUCGACGAAAGUGUCAAGUCGCUCAUGCAGGUCACUGAGAGACAGGAUGCAGACAGCCAGCUUCGCACUGCUGGAUACGAGGUUCUCAACUCAUUCGUCAUGAACUCUGCCAACGAUAGCCUCCACACCGUCGCCAACCUUUCAGACCACAUUCUGGGACGCCUUGAGCAAACCAUCCCCAUGCAGCAACAGGUUGUGAGCACGGAGGAUCGCAUCCUCCUCGAGGAUAUGCAGACUAGCUUGAUCAGUGUCAUCCUGGCCAUCGUUCAACGAUUCGAACUUGAGAUCAAGCCUCAGGCCGACCGCAUCAUGCAGGUUCUGCUCAAUGUCCUGACGACUGUCGGCGCCAAGUCCAGUGUUCCCGAUGUCAUCUUCGCUACUGUUGGCGCCGUUGCCAGCGCUCUGGAUGAGGACUUUUCCAAGUACAUGGAGUCGUUCAGCCCGUUCCUGUACAAUGCUCUUGAGCACCAGGAGGAAGCUGGCCUGUGCUCUAUGGCUAUUGGCCUUGUCAGCGACAUUGCCCGUGCCUUGAACGACAAGGUCCAGCCUUACUGCGACACUUUCAUGAACCUCCUCCUCAACAUCCUCCGCACUUCUACCAACCAGCUCAAGCCGGCCAUCCUGGAGACCUUCGGAGAUAUCGCUCAGGCCAUCGGAACCCCCCACUUCGAUAACUACCUGCCCGUCGUCGGUCAGGUUCUUCAGCAGGCCUCCUCCGUUACCACCAGCUCCGAUCUUCCUUAUGACAUGGUGGACUACAUUGUCUCUCUGCGUGAGGGAAUCAUGGAUGCUUGGGGUGGCAUUUUGCUCUCCUAUAAGGGUAGCUCUCAGAUCACUCUGGUCCAGCCUUUUGUUGAGUCCAUCUUCCAGCUGCUCCACAUCAUUUCCCAAGAAGGAAACCGGUCCGAGGGCUUGAUGCGCUCUGCUAUGGGUGUGAUUGGUGAUCUCGCGGAUGCUUUCCCCAAUGGCGAGCUCGCCUCGUACUUCCGCCACGACUGGGUGACCACUCUGGUUCGGGAGACUCGCACCACCCGCCAGUAUAGCGACCGCACCAUCGAGACCGCUCGCUGGACCCGUGAGCAAGUCAAGCGCCAAAUCAAUAUGAGCACUGCCAUGGCUUAA